AUGAAAAAGCUAACGAUAGACGAGGGAGACGGCGAUAGCAGCAGCGACGACAGCCUUGUCAGCCUCGGCGACCUGGGCAGCGACAGCGAGUGGCUUGCGUAUAAAUACUUCCCGGACAGAGAACCAGAGUGGGGUUACGAUAGCUUUGAAGGCCAAGAGCUUAAAAUCCAUCCUCUGGUUCGUAAGACUUACCAAACCCAGGAACUUUAUGACCAAUACUACGAGAAGAGGCGCCUGGCUUUCGAGAGUAAGGGGUUUCUCUCAGAUCCUACGAGAGCAAUCUACGACGUUUAUAUGGAGGGAUCAAUGAGGGGUCACAACUCUGCUCGGGACUGGGUGGCAUAUCUUGCGAAUCUGUGUGUUCAGAAAUAUAACGAGACUGAGGGAAAGACUGUAGAAUUGGUAAAUGUGGUGAGAGCUACUCAUAUUGGAUUAGGUAAAUGGAAGAUGUACAUCACCUUUAUGGCUCGAGAGCACUAUGAUGGGCCUCUUGUUGAGUACCAAGCCAAGGUGAUCUACGAUUUUGCAGAAGUCGACCCUCCUUUCCCGAUUCUCUGCAGGCCAAGCCCCAAAUCAAAUAUCUAG